AUGGUUGGAGCAGUUCUUCUACACGGUCGUGAACAACAACUUAUAACUUUAUGGAAUGAGCUUAACGCCCUUUAUAGAAAGCAUUCGAACGAUAACCGUACUCAACGAACAACACAUCGACUAAUGUUUACCUCAUUCGUUGUGUAUGCUAAGACGGUCGAACAUAGCAAAGAUGUACUGGCAAACUGCUCUCGACUGGUGAAGGAAGUUCUUUCUUUGAGACAAAAGAUCGUCUCAGAAAGACAGACCAUCCACUUCCUUCGCCGUUGUCAACAACAUCAGGUCACUCCUGAUCUCAUAGCCAACAAACGACUUCACGAGAUAAGCGGUGUCUCCAAAGAAAGUCGGCAGAUGCACAAUAUCGAAGAACAGCUACGCAUGGCAUUGAAGAGAAGACGGGAUCCUAUGUUCUCGCUGUUCAGAAAGUGUAUGUAUUAA